AGGUAGUUGUAAUAUUAUUAAAGGCCUUAAAGAAAGUCAGUACUAGUAUUACUAACCAUUUAUAUUUUUUUUUGUGUGUCCCUUUACUCUUUCAGAAUUCAGAAUUAACAGUUUCUGGUAUCUCAUACCAUGGCUGGCAGUAGUAUUCCUACGCGAGUCUUUAUUUGUAGUAGCAAUGUUCCUCUCAAAACAAUCUUUCUGUAAUUGACGUACUGGUUGAUUGCGUUGUUUUAAUAGACCCAACAUCACCUGCGGUGUUGACAUGUAAGUAUUCAUAGGUUAAAUAUCGCAAAGGUUCAUUUGAAAAAAAAAAAAAAACCUUUUUGGAAUAUUGGGUUUGGUGCCUAUAGAAUUUGUUCAAAGGUGGCGGUUUAUCAUCCUAUUGUUCCCUUUUUUCUUUUUGCAUGCUCAGUUACUCUUUAUUUGAUCUCUGUUGGAGGCAACGUCGCUUGGUGCAGACUAUAUGGUGGUUGUAACCUAUUCGUUGUUCCCUGAAGGCCAAUUUGUAAUAUUCUGGAAUUUGUUUUAAUUUCAGUUUUUGGUAACCUAAACUUUAAAUGUAAAUGUCUGCCAUUUUCCUGCGGAUCUGUUUCAGCUCGCUUGUUGCAUUCCAGCUGAUUAAAUUUGAAGAAAAAUAGGUGUUGUAAAACUUUGGAAUGGAACUGUAACUUUGUCUUGGUUUAUCUAAUUUAUCCAGCUUGAACCCUGUGCCACAGUUCCGCCACGAGACCUCUGGCGAACUGACCCUCAAGGCCUCCGCCGAGGCGAUCCAGGUCGCCAAGGCAUACGGCCUGAGCGGCCCUGUGCCGUUCAAGGUCAAGUCGGCCGAGAUGGUCAGGGAGCAGGCCAGGAGACGGGUGCGGGCAGCAGGUGGUGACCCCGGGGACUCCAAGCUGGUGCGCAGCACCAGCGAGCUCCAGUUUGGACAGUACCGGGGUCAGACUUUUAAAUGGUUGCUGACCCAUGACCUCGGCUAUGCCGUCAUGGUGUUGGCAACCCACCUGAGGGAGCGCAAAGAUGGCCAGGUGUCGGAUAGCCCGCUGGCGAGCAAUAAAAACGCCCUGGAGUCCUACGCCUGGCUCUUCCCAGACGUGAAGAAGGCCAUCCGUCGUCGCCAGGAGAGAGACGGGUCGGCCAGGACUCUGGACGAGGGCAAGAGGCUCGUCGGCUUUGGCCAACAUGGACACCUGACGUUUGAGGCCCUUUACGAUACAGAAGAUCGGGAGGCCAAGAGUUACAUCAAAUGGCUCCGGCGCCAGACCACCAAAGUCGGGACCAAGAUGCAUGCACUCCAGCUGUAUGUGCAGCGGAGAGACGAUGCGAAGGCGGCAGCAACCUCUUCCCUUCCCAAAACCACAACUGUUGCCCCCACCGCCUCUCUCUCUGCAGCAGCCUCCGUCAUCGAGAUUCCCGAUGACGUGCUGCUGUCGGCCAGCAUGGAGUUGGAGGCUGGUAAGUGACAGCCACCCAUGGAAACUGGUGGUGGCUCCUUCACUUUUUUUGUUUAACCUGUUGUUUGAAUUUGUUAACAACCUUCCCCAGCAUCUACCUCCCAGUCUGCAACCAGUGGAGGGCCCUUGCCAUCCCAGCGCUCCCAACCGACGGCUGAUCCGGGAAAGCAGCCUUCACAAACGCUGUCCGUAGCCAGGAGAGAGCUACUUUUGCCCGAGGGCUGGAGGACUUCACUACCG